AGGUGAAUAUUACACAUCAGUUCGUUUUUUAAUAACUGGAUUGAGCAGCGGGGAACGCGUGACUUGUGACUGCAAUUCCCCGGUGAGCCGGUAGGUGAAGCCAAGUGACAUCAUCCCAAACAUGGACUUAUGACACGCAGAGUGUUGUUUAUGACCGUCAGUCUCCCCGCGUUUCUACCGCCCUGCUCAGCGUCUUUGCGUGUCGCUGGAGACUGUUCAGACGUCAGACCCAAUGGGCGGGGCUUCUGUUUUUACGACAGUUAUAUCGAGUUUGCGGCUCCCGCUUCACCACGUGGCUCGAGUCUGUGUUUCUGUCCCCAAGAUGGCGAAGGCUGGAGAGAAGAGCGUCAAGAGGAUGAAGAGAACAAGGAGACCGCAGAAAAGCAAGAAGAAGAAGAAGGACAGUGAGGCGGCGGACAGAGUCGUGGACGAAGGUGUGGAGGUGAUGUACGACGACGAUGAUGAUGACGAUGAGGUGGGCCUGGAUGAAGAUGUCACCAGUGAAGAAGAGCCAGACGAUGACCGGCGCCGUCAGAAGCUGUUGGAGGCCAUCAGUGGCAUCUGCGGACAGAAGCGUCAGCUUGGCGAACGCUCUGAGGCGGCGGCGCUCAUGUCCGAGUUCGCCGCCAACAUCGGAGGGGACGGGACAAAGGUCCAGCUGUCGGAGCUGCUGGGGCAGCAGACGGCGGCCGUGCCAGGCAGCACCAUCCAACAGUUAAACAAGCUGCAGCAGAGCCAUACUCUGGAGAGUCCGCUGAGCCGGCAGGAGACUGAGCGCAUCCAGCGGGAUCUGGCCUUCCAGAAGGCUGCGCUGGAGGUCACCCGCUGGAAGGCGGUCAUCGAGCAGAACCGGCGGGCGGAGCAGGUGGUCUUUCCUUUAAACAAGGACCCGGCCGGACCCCGUCCCAUUGAGCGUGUGGUGACAAGUUGGCGAGCACAGACGCCACUGGAGCAGGAGGUCUUUGCUGUUUUGUCUGCCAACAAACAGCCCAUCUAUGACCCCGUUCUGACCCCGGCGGAGGAGGCCUCAGUCCAAGCCAUGAGUCUGGAGGAUGCCAAGAUCCGGCGGGCCGAGCUCCAGAAAGUGAGGGCGCUACAGUCCUAUUAUGAGGCCAAGGCCCGGCGGGACCGCAAGAUCAAAAGCAAAAAGUACCAUAAGAUCCAGAACAAGUCCAAGCGCAAGGAGUUACUGAAGCAGUUUGAGGAGAAGGUCAAGUCAGACCCAGCCGCUGCCCUGGAGGACCUGGAACAGCUGGAGCGGAACCGCAUGCAGGAGCGCAUGUCGCUCAAACACCAGAACAGCAGCAAGUGGGCCAAGUCCCGGGUCAUUGUGGCCAAGUACGACCUGGAGGCACGGCGCGCCAUGCAGGCACAGCUCCAGCUCAACAGGGAUCUGACCCAGAAGGUGGUCCUGAAGGAGUCGGACGACGACGAGGAGGAGGAGCAGGAGCAGGAGGAGAUUCCGGACUUUGUCAACGAAGUGGAACGAGAGUCUGUAAAUCCCUGGAUGAGUGGGAGGCUGAGGGAAGUGGAGGGUGCAGCCCUAGUAGAUGGGAAGGAGCCUGGGGCAGGAUUGGACUGUGUUGUGAGGGAGGAGCAAGAGGAGGUGCUACUGAGGGAGCUGGAAGAGAGGAGGAGGAAACGGAACGAGGAGGCAACGUGUGGGGAGGAGGAAGAGGAGUCUGUCGAUCAGGAGCUGCAGCUGUCACAGUUUGCCAGUCUGUACCAGGAGCUCACAAGUAGCAGCAAAGAAGCAGAGUGCGCCGCUGACUCCGCCCCCGGCGAGGGCGCUCUGACCGAUCUCCCGACUCAGGAGGCAGCGGCGGCAGUGGAGCCUCUGCCCAAAAAGGUUGGGGGGAUUAAGAGGAAGCCAGAGCUGGAGCUGAGUGAGGUUCUGACCCGGGAGUGUCGAGUCCUGUCUGGCCCACUGGGCCUGGCAGUGGAGGACGGCGAGGAAGAAGGUCUGGACCAACGGCAGGUCAUCAGUGAGGCGUUUGCUGGCGACGAUGUCGUCGGUGACUUUCUGAAGGAAAAGAGGAAACGGGAGAGCGACGGGGAGCCAGCGGUGGUGAGCCUGGCGCUGCCCGGUUGGGGCGAGUGGGGGGGCUCAGGUGUGAGGCCGUCGAAGAAGAAGCGCCGCAGGUUCCGGGUCAAACCUCAGACGGCCGUGCCGAGGAAGGACCAGAAGCUGCCAGCCACCAUCAUCUGUGAGAAGAGAGCCGCGGCCCUGGGCCAGCACCAGGUCAGCAUGCUCCCCUUUCCCUUCAUUGACCACGCCCACUUCGAGAGCACCAUGCGCUCACCACUGGGACGGACUUGGAACACGGAGCGCAGCGUGAGGAAAAUGACGGCUCCGCGGGUGGUGACGCGGCCCGGCAGGAUCAUCGAGCCCAUGAGCCGUGACCAGCUGCAGGAGCCCAAACACCAGAGGGAGGGAGGGACGCUGGAGGUGGAGGGGUCCGGGAGGAAGAAGCGGCGCAGGGGGCGGGGCGGAAAGCCUCCUCUGGCUGGAGCAGCAGGGUCGGCUGGAUGAGAUGCGUGCAGCUGCACUGAAUAAAAGUUGGAAGGAAAACGCGGUGGUGGCUUGUUUCUCGCCUCACAGGUCCGAUGGUCAGAGGCUGGUGCCGUGAUGUUCUGCUCUCUCUGUGGCGAGUCCAGCGUGUGUGAGCAGCAGCUUUAG